AUGGCAGAGCUGCUCGCCCUGCUCAGAGGACCCAACCAGGCCUCCUCGAGUUCCACACCUCCGCCGGGACAAGGACCAAUGACUGAGCCGACGCCCUGGAUUCCGCCGACUCAGGCCCCGGAGAAUAUGGAGGCACCCCCGCCACCAUCAUUGCACACGUCCAUGGCUCUUCCUGUCACCGGCCCAUAUCCGCCACCACCGGCCCCCAUGGCCGUCCCUCUUCCACCGGCAGCCUUCCUAUCCUCGGAACACAUUCUAUCCGCACCUCCGCCCGUCUCCAUACCGGCCCCGGCUAUGGCCUACACAAUACCUCCGCCGACGGCACCGUUCCUGACAAGAACUAUGGUGGACUCUGAUUCCAAAUCCCUCAUGGUACGUAGGCACUCCGCCCCAGAACUCAAGUCCCUCAUCGUAAGACCGGGGCAUCCCCAACGAGUGAGCAACCAUCCCAGUGGCAAGACCGGCCUCCAGCAAAUCAACGCCCUCACAGCUGCACACGACAUAAUCAUCAAACAGGCACCCCCGUGA